UCUACUUUAUCCCGCCUUCCUACCUAAUGUUUCUACCUACUUCUUCCGACCGAUGGGCAACUCUGGCCUUUUUUCCCUCAUCGGCAACUCCUCGUCGCGCCACCACACGUGCCAAUGAGGAGACCUGGCGUUUUCGCUGGUGCGCCUUCGAUAUCGGGGCCAGGGAUGCUUCGUUCCUCACGUGCGUGCUCCUGGAGGCAAAGUGUCGACUGCUCGGGGGAAUGGGGCGCAGUCUUGCGCGACCGAUGGCCCCGACGGGGCUGGCGGGCUUCCCGAAGUUCAUGCGCGACCACCGGCAGCAUCUAAAGACUGGCCAGGAGACAGGAAACUACGUCCCGGGCGUGUGCCACUACUACAGCCUGAUGUCGGACGUCAUCACGCUCACCAGCGGGCCUUUCUGGCACUUCGUGCCGAUGUACGCAGGUGUCAGCAGGAUGGAUUGCCACCAUAGGUUUCACGACGUCAUGGCGAAGUACCUGGAUGCCAAGCCGACCGACCGCAUCCUGGAGGUUGGCUGCGGCUUCGGCGAGGCUGGUCGUCAGGUGGCCCUGCGUUCGGGCGCCAAGGUCACAGGAC